AUGGAAACGAAGUUCAUCAAAACGACGACGUAUGAAGAUAAACCGGGUUCAUCAAAGAAUGCUGGUUUCAAAACGGAGAUUGACACUUCAGUUCCGUUUGAAUCGGUUAAAGAUGCUGUUCAUCGCUUCGGAGGUGUUGGUUACUGGAAACCCUUUCACACUUCUCAUCCUUCUAAGCAGCACUGCACAGAAGGGCUUGAUACGGAGAAACUGGAGGAGCAGGCGAGAGUGUUGGAGAAAGAACUGAACCUGAAAGAAAGGGAAACUUUUGAUGUAUUGAAGGAGUUGGAUAAGACUAGAAGGCUUGUUGAUGAUUUGAAAUCGAAGCUGCAGAAGGAAGAAUCUGAAGCAAAGUUGAAUCUUGAGAUGAGUGCGUGUGAUAAAAAAUCGGAUGUAAAGGAAAAUCAAUCGAGUCCGUCUGAGGUUGUUUGUCCUAUGAAGGAAUGUUCAAUGCCUUCUAAUGUAUCUUCUCCGGGCUUAAUACUAAUGGAAUUGAAGCAGGCUAAGUUGAACCUAACAAAAACCACUCAUGAUUUUGCCGAUGUACGAGCUACUGUUGAAUCUCUAAAUAAGAAAUUAGCGAAAGAAAGGAUCUCACUUGAGAAAACCCGUGAGAGGUUAACUCAAAAUCGUUCGAAAAUAUCAUCUCUUGAAAAUGAGUUAAACCAAACAAGAUUAAGAUUGCAAGUUGCAAAAGGUGAUGCUUUUGAUAAUCCUACAAUAGAGCUCCAAAAAUUGCGCUUCGAGGCCGAGAAUUUCAGAAAAAGGAGAGAAUCUGCACAAUCAGAAGUUUUGAAAACAAUGUCUGAGAUUGAGCUGACAAAAGCUAAGAUAAGAACUGCCGAAAUCAGGUUGGUUGCGGCAAAGAAAAUGAAGAAAGCUUCAAGAGCUGCAGAAGCUGCUACCCUUGUCGAAAUUAACGCAUUGUCUAACUCUAACCACAGGGGUUCACCAAGAGAGUGUACGCCAAAGCGCGAGGAAAUUACACUUUCAAUUGAUGAGUAUAUUACUCUGACCCGAAAAGCUCGAGACGUGGAAGAACAAUCUAAGAAGAGAGUAGCAAAUGCUAUGCUUGAAGUUGAUGAAGCAUAUUCAUCGCGUGCGGAUAUUUUGAAAAGGGUAGACGAAGCAACAAAAGAAGCUAUAACCGGAAAGAAGGCCCUUGAAGAAGCCCUAGAAAAAGUCAUGGCUGCAGAUAUAGGGAAGCUAGAAGUUGAAGAGGCUUUAAGGAAGUGGCGAUCAGACAAUCACAAAAGGCGUUCUUCGACGAAUAAUAACUCUACCAAGUUCAAGAACCCUGGUCCAUCAGAUCAAAGGAGAGAUUUCACGUUACUGGAUGUAAACGGAUUGAAUUUGGUAAAGGAUGAAGUCAAGCCUGUUUUAAAGCCGACUCUAUCAAUAGGACAAAUACUAAGCAAGAAGCUGUUUAGACCAGAAGAGUUUGAAGGGGAGAAGACUCCCAGCGAAAAAGUCUCGGUGAAACGGAAGGUGUCAUUAGGUCAGAUGCUUGGCAAACACAAUGAUGUUGACGGUGCAUUGUUUGAUGAACAAGUCGAAAAAGAAAAAGAAAACGAUCAGAAGCAGUUUUCUGCUAAGAGAAAGAAAUUCGGGUUUGCAAGAUUCUCACUUCUUUUGUCAAAACAGCAUAAGAAGAAGAAACCAAUGCGGAAUUUGAGGUGA